AUGAGUGAACUUGAUUACCUGAGUGGGUUUGGGAAUGAGUUCUCAUCUGAAGACCCUUGCUGUCCAGGAGCCUUACCUGAAGGUCAGAACAACCCUCAGGUGUGUCCCUACGGCCUCUACGCUGAACAACUCUCCGGCUACGCUUUCACCUGCACACAGCCAACCAAUAAGAUGAGUUGGUUCUACUGUAUCCUGCCGUUUGUCCGUCACAAGCUGUACACCGCAAUGCACUGUGGGAUCCUAACAGAGAAGUGGGAUGAAGUGGAACCUGACCCUAACCAGGGUCUGCACACCCUAUGUGGAGCAGGAGACACUAAGUCCCACAACAGGAUCGGCAUCUACAUGUUCACCUGCAUCACCUCCAUGGUUGACAGUUGUUUCAACAACUCAGACGGAGACUUUCUCAUUGUGCCCCAGCAGGGGGAGAUUGUGAUCACUACAGAGUUUGGGAAGAUGAUGGUGGAACCCAACGAGAUCUGCGUCAUCCAGAAAGAAAUGCAUUUCAGUGUGGAUGUGUUCGGGGAGACCAGAGGCUACGUGUUGGAGGUGUACUGCAAGGUAGCCACAGGCUACACUGUCAUCAACAAGUACCAGGGCAAGCUCUUCUCCAGCCAACAGGAUUUCUCUCCCUUUAAUCUGGUGACGUGGCAUGGGAACUACACACCGAACAAAUACAACCUGGAGAACUUCAUGGUAAUCAAGUGGGCCUUCGAUCAUGCACAUCCUUCCAUCUUCACGGUGUUGACGGCAAAGUCCACAUGUCCAGGAGUCACCAUCGCUGACUUUGUCAUCUUCCCCCCGCGCUGGGGAGUGGCUGACCACACCUUUAGACCCCCCUACUACCACAGGAACUGUAUGAGUGAGUUCAUGGGGCUGAUUAAGAGCCACUAAGAGGCCAAGGAGGAGGGCUUCCACAUGAUGACCCCUCACGGUCCUGACGGAGACUACUUCGAGAAGAACAGCACCACUCCCCUCAAACCAGAGAGGGUGGCCGAGGGGUCCAUGGUAACACACACACGAUUAACAUCCCUCUUCAUGUUUGAGUAGUCGUUCAGCAUGGCGGUAACUAAGUGGGGCCUAGAGACGUGUCAGAGGCUGGACAAGAGCUACUGACAGCCACUCCGCAAACACUUUGACCCCAACUGGAGGCCCAGCAAACAGUAG